UUGAUUUAGAGCGUCUCCAAAUUUUUUUUCCAACAACUUAAUUAGGCAAUUACGCAGCGAUUAUGCAUUGUAUGGCUAGUUAUUCAUAUUACUUAGAAAGGCAGUAGCUUACGUGAGUGAAAAGUGCAUACAAUUGAGACAAGGCGGAGCAAGUGUUAUUAUCCUGGGCGCUUCCUUUGUUGUUGUUGUUCUUGCUGGGCUUGUUGCAGCUGCUCACGUACAUACAAUUACACACAGCGUAAGUGCAGCUACGUCAGAAAGCCAAUAAUGGAUAUGGAAUACGUGAAUAUCAAUGAAUUUAAUGACCUCGAGCUGGCGACGCGCAUGCGCACCUGCAAUUAUGAAAAAUUCAAAUCCCUAGUGCGCAUGCAUCUCUCGUUUGAGUUGGAAUUGAAUACUGAUGAAUUCGAUUUAGCUUGCCAUGAGAUUGUAUAUGAGGACAAGGGUAAGCUAAAGAAAUGGAAUCGACUGUCCAAGAAGCAUAGAUUGGGUCACACAGGCGCUGCUGCUGGUGUGGCAGGUUGUACCGCUGGCGCUGGAAGCAAAUCCUUAGGCAACAGUCCCACGGAGGGAUUGCAGCAACAAAUAGAUCCAGGCUUUCAGUUGCAUAUGCUGGAACUCAAAGAGUUUCUGAUGCUUGACAAGAACAUAACACAGGAGGGUCUGUUUCGAAAGGGCGGCGCCGUCUCAAGACAAAACGAACUACGUUUGCAUAUACAGCAGGACAAGCCGCUGGAGCUGGAGCAGGCGGGAUUUUCUGCGCAUGAUUGCGCUACAGUAUUCAAAAGCUUUCUGGCUGAGCUGCCUGAGCCGCUAAUGACAGACGCACAUUAUCCAGCGCAUCUACAAAUAGCACCACUCUGUCAGGCCUUGACUCAGCCUACGCAGGGUAAUUUGGAGCGUCAGCUGCAUCUGUUGCAUUCAGUGCAGUUGCUGCUGCUGUUGCUGCCGGAGGAGCACCGAGAUCUAUUGAAGCAUAUAAUGGAAAUGCUGCAUGCUGUGGCGUUGCACGAAGACAGCAAUAAAAUGUCGGCGGAUAACUUGGCGACACUUUUUGCGCCGCAUCUUAUUUGUCCGCGUAAUCUGCCGCCCGAGGUGCUGCACUAUACGGCCAAGCGUAUGUGCAGCAUUGUGGCUUAUAUGAUAGUGCGUGGCCUGGAGAUCUUUGCCGUGCCCGCCAAGCUGUCCACAGAUAUACGGGCGUACUUUCUUGAACGCAAACGCAAGAAAACCAUGUCGCCGGAGCAAACGCUUGACGAAUCAAUCUCGGACAUCUCCACGGUCAACACGGUGUACACUUUUGUAGAUCGUGCCGCCACCGCAGCGGCCACCAACUCCAACAAUACGGACACGGAGCUGGCGCAGCUUUAUGCGCAUAUACAAAGUUUGCCUGAAUCUUCAAAGAAAAGACGGCUAAUUAAGCAGUUUAAUAAGCAAAAUGGACAGGGCACUCCCUUGCAGCUGGUGGUAAUGAAUCGUUUGAAGAACAAUGAGGCCACGCGCAGCGCCAAAUCUCUGGGUGACUCUAUCAAGAAGCAUAUUUUCCACAAGAGUCUCAUGUCGCGUACACCGAAGCGUGCGCCUGCCUUGCCGGCCAUGUCUGGAGCUGAGACGCCUAAUUUGUCGCAUGCCAAGGCGCCCAAACUGCGCGUGCUCUUUCAGAGUCCGUUGCCAGCGACGCCGACAGCUCCGUUACGCAGCAUGCCCCACUCAUCUGGCACUAACACACUGCACAUGCUUCAAAAAUCCAUUUCAUCCACAUCAUUGAAGCUUGAUUCAUGCUCGGACAGCAGCAAUAGCUGCGGCGCCGCUAACACCAGCCACUCGGCGCCAGUUAGUCGCCAACAGUCGCAGGAGCAGCCGACAGCGCAGCUGUCCGAGCUGGAUGAAGUGGACGAUUGCUGUGGCACGCCGCUGAAGCUCAUCACGGCGGCGGCCAAACAGCUUAUUAGUGAUAAGAAAAGCGUGGUCUGGAAUGAACGUCGUCUGUUGGAUAUUGAAGAAUACUCAAAUCCUUGUACACCUGUGCAGCAAUCCUCGCGCUACAAGUCUGAGCCUAAUCUUUGUAGUCUGGCACCGCAGGUGCAUGACGAGGAUGCUGCACUAACACCCAUUGCAGAGAUCUCGGCUACAGCAACCAAUCAUGGCAGCGGCAUGGGCAAAUCGCUGACGCGUAAGCUCAUGAAAGGCGUCAGCAUGGGCAAUCUGCGUUUUCCCUUUAGCACGCCAGAGACAACUAAACGCUUGGUGCGCAGCGUCUCGGCUACGUUGAAGCGUCGUCCGAGCGGCAGUGACGAGGUCAAGCAGGAGCAUGCAGACGCGCCGCUGUUGGAGGAUGUUGACGACAGCGAUGUGGAGGAGGAUGAAGAUGAAAAGCCAGCGGACGAUGAUGAUGAAGACACAUUGUCUGAGGUAAAUGGCAGCUCCAGUGAACUGCCUGGCGCUGGCUAUCAUCAACAGCUGCUGCAGAGUAGCGUCUAUCGCAACUUGGAUCUCAUUACCAGCACGCCAGCGAUGCAUAUGGGACGACGUUCUAUGUCGCCCAUAACUAAAUCUACACAACGCAUGCCCAAAUCCAUGCAGGAGUCCAUAAUGACGCCACGUUCUCGCAAGCCUGUGAUGCUGCUUGCUGCGCUGGGUAAUAUUGACAAGCAGCAGCAACAGCUGUUUGCUGAGCCAGCGGAUGAAGAUGCAGAUGCGCUGUUGUCCAGCAAGCAGCUGGAGCCGCCGGUACUGCAUAGCGAAGAUGCCACUUCUCUAGGUGGCUAUGCUGAAAUCCUGCGGCGUCAGCAAAGCUUUAUGGGCGGCUCGCUGCUAAGUUCACGUCAGCGCACUGACAGCAGCAGCAAUAGCAAUAGCAACGAGGUGGAGCUGGAGUGUAAGCCACACAAUGCGCUGUCCCAUGAUUUCAAGGAAUAUUUGCUUUCACGCAGUGUGCUCACAGCUAGUCCAGCGGAUUUGUCAUUUGCCAGUCGCUCGGAUGAUUUUGGUGGCGCCAACACCACACAGGAUCUUGAGGAUUUCGAUGAAUCAGAGUUGAGUCCCAGUUUGCUGUAUUGCUUGGAUGGCAACGAACCUGCGACUGCUUCGCCUUUGGGUAGCUUUAACAAUGGGCGCAAACGCUCCGCAGACACACCUUUAAAGUGCGCAUUGGAGCCACAUGACGACCAGAACAAGGAGAACAUCUCCAGCAGUAGUGUGGAUGCGGAUGAGCAUUUGCGCACCAAGAAACUGCUGAUUACUUCGCACGUGGAGUAUCCCGGCGAGACGGCACUAUAG